GAUUGAUCAAGUAUUAUCACAGUGUUAUUGAAAAUAUCUUGUCUUUAAAUGUACUAUAUGCACACUAUUCAUAUUAUAUUUUCUUGUGGAUGGCAGAAAAUAUGCCAUGCAUUAAGCUGACCGAAAUAUUUUUUUGUAAGGCAUAAUAAUAAAACAUUAUAUUACUUGAACAUAUAUCUGCAGGUUGCCAAGCCAACCUAUUCUAUGUAGAUGAGCCUAAGCUACAGCUGCAGCAACUGACUGAUGCAUUCAGGAGCUAUUUUGAACGAGCCAAGAUUAGAACUUCCCAACUGGGGCAAGAAAUCAAGUAAGUCAAGAAAAUGUACUUACGGGAAACUGUAGUAAUAACUUCCUUCAGCAUUUCUAAUGCCAUGAAAUGACAAUGAUAGGCUAACAGAAAAUGUUGAUAUGGCCAGCCAGUACACCACAAACCUGAAGGAACAGAUGGAUCCUCUGGCUAAGGAUCUGAUGACCAAAAUCACCAAAGGUGUUGACAUGCUGAGGGAACGUAUAGAGAAGUUAGUGAGCACUGUGAGGUGUGCACUGAAGCCUUAUACUGAAUAUGUCACCAGUCCAUUUGAGAAGGAUGUGGAUUACAUAAGAGAAUCCCUGGAUUUUGAGGACCUGAAGGCCACUGUGCUCCAGAGGAGUGAGGAGCUGAGAGACAGCCUGGAGCAGGGCGUGAAGGAGCUGCAGGCUGGAGCCCUUUACCUGAGGGAAACGCUGGAUCCCUAAACCAGUAAGCUAGCCCUACCAAGACCACCUAAAUGACAACCUAAAUAUUCUGAUAAUUUGAUUUGUUUUAUUAUUAACAUGAAUGUUUUUCUAUGAAAUAACAUUUUGAUUCCCAAAUCAAAGAUAGAACAAUCAUGAUUUUCAUCCAACACAAAGCACUCAAAGAGAGAACAAG